UCUUGGUAGAGCCCGAGAAGGCCAAAACAUCGUGACUCGGGACCAAAGAUUCUCUAGGCUACUUACUGUACACUACUUGUCACUACAGUUUGCACAUCUAAAGCUACGUUUGCUACAUAAUGGCAGAAGCAAGCUCGGAGGAGAAAAAAUUGUGCAAUAGCUUUCAGAAAAUAAAAGUGACCGAAGAGGAAUCUGAUAGUCCAGCCUUGAAGCGUCUCUUUGGAGAGGGAAACAAACACGAAACAAGUGUUGAGAUUUUAGCUGAUGAUGAUGGUGAUGUAAAAGAACAUGGUGCGGAAGAAGAACUGGAUGGUCAAGAAAAUGAUCUUUGCAUGAGGGAGUAUCAGACCGAACUGGCAGAGAAUGCUGUCAAGGGCUACAACACUGUCAUUUGUGCUCCGACUGGCUCUGGGAAGACACGAGUUGCCCUGCACAUCAUUCAAGAGCAUUUGCAGAAAAAGGAGGAUGCCAAAGUUGUGUUCCUUGCUCGGACGGUCCCUCUUGUGAAACAGCAGUACAGCUAUCUACAACGACGUCUAAAGGAUAAGUAUGAAGUUUUAAAGGUAACAGGUGGAGAGUAUGGAUGCCUGGAGGUUCACGGGUUAAUCAAGAAGUAUGAUGUUGUGGUGAUGACACCUCAGAUCCUGUUGAACCACCUCAACGCUGUUCCAAACUCUAGCCUCAAGAUCCUGACCCUUAUCAUAUUUGAUGAGUGCCAUCAUACACAGAAGAAUGAGAUCUACAACAAACUCAUGCAGGCCUAUCACAAGACCAAAGAGGAAACAGGUGGUGAAAAGUUACCACAGAUAGUAGGACUCACUGCCUCUUUUGGUAUUGGAAAUGCUACAACAAAUGUGGAAGGAGCCUAUAUGAAUAUAGUCAAUAUAUGUGGUAAUCUGGAUGUCACAAAAAUCUCAACUGUGACAAAACAUGUCGAUGAGAUGCUGAAACAUUCUCCGGUUCCUGUUGAAGGUAAUCCAGUUUUCACAAUCAGUAGUGCAUUGUAAUUUCAUCCUUUAUUUGCUUUGUGGAUUUAGUGGCAUUGAUCAAACUUGUGUGUUUGUGUUUGGUGAGUGGGGGAUAGGUGGGGGCAACAUUUGGAAGGUGUUUUCUGUGAAAAUGUUUCGUUGCUAUGGAAACUCCAUCAUCUUGAUUUUUUGUUCCAUAAAAAUUAGCUUUACUUGAAAGAAUGAAAUCUCUCACUAUUUGAAAGUGGCCGUCAUGCUCGUUGCUAUUUUCAAAAGUUUGGAACAGAGUCUAAUUUCACCCCCAGUGGGUCGGGGGGAUAUAAAUAGACCCACUGCUUCGUCUGCAGAAG